AUGCAAGAUGAGCCAUCUCCACCACAAAAUGCACCGGCGCUAAGAGACGAUCCUGACUUCUCAACGGAUGAUUCAACCCAACCACCAGAUAUUGUAUUUGAAAUUGUGUUCUUGGAACCGCCCUCAACAACAGUUCAUGACAAUUCAGAAGCUGUGAGUAAGAAACAAGGUCGGGGACGGACAAAGAUGACAAAAUUUGACAUGUUUCGGAAGAUUGGACCGAUUUCAUUGUUGAUCAAGGAUGGGGACACUAAGGUGUCAUGCCAGAAUGCAAAUGUAUUUAGUGGAAGGGUCACAUGGAUCAUCAAGCAUUAUGCUAACAUGGGUUACCAACGUUGGAAUGAGGUGCCAGAAGCUGAACAAGAGGAGUUGUGUGCUCGUGUUCGAGAAAAACAAAACCAUCGUAAGGCAGUUACCGAGCAACUACGUAGGAGAUUCAAUUCUUUCCACUACGAGUUACACAAAAUCUACCUCGGCUAUGGAAGUCAUAAAGUUGCUGUUGCAAGAGGGACGGAGAUGGUGGAUAAAGCAGUUUGGAGGAAAUUGUGCAUGCAUUGGGGCAGUAAGGAGUUCAAGAUCAGACCUUGUCAUUGCAAAACAAGGCGAAUAGGGCACUACAGCGAACCAACCAUACUGCUGGCAGGAAGUCCUUUGUUCGAAUACUUGAAGAGCAGAAAACAUGGACGCAGCAAAGGGUAUAUUACACUACUACCAUAUAUGAUGGGUCAUUGCUAAAGAGAUGGGAUGCACAAGUUCUGGGCUAAUUUCUAUCUCACCAUGCUUCCAAGAUAGAGAGGACAAAUAUGUUGUU